GCACGCAGACGUAUCCGCCUUAGAGUGUAACGUUCAAUGCCAUCAUCAAUCUCUCUGUAACUCUCUGCUCUUUCUCUGAGAGGAUGUUACCCAGGUCGAACGACGUCGUUUGGACGCGAAGCGACGCCGUUUCCUGGUCGAAGAACAGCAACGACAACAGGUUUGGUGAUGGCGGCGUUGAUGGUGAGAGGACGAGUUCGGUGUCUGCGUUGAAGGCCAUUGUUGAGGAGGAGUGGUUGGUGAGCGGUGUCGAAAUGAAAGGAAAUUUGGUGUCUCAGAGUCAGAGCGGAGCGGUGAAUUCACUGUUGCAUCCAAUGGACUGCUCGUCGUCGUGCUCGCCGGCGUCGGCGUUUGGUCUGGACCCGGCCUUUCAGGGCAAAUCUUGCUUGUCCUCGAUGGUUUGUGGGUACCCAUUUGAUGGCUCUUUUGAUUUGGUAUGUGACCCGGGGUUUCUUGAGCCGAUACCCGAAAUUCAGGCUCCGAGUUCGAGUUCUUUGAUGGGUUUCAACGAUUUGGCUUCGCAGCCCCUGAUGGGUGCUUCAAAUCUGGGCUCGAAUUCGCAGUUUCCGGCUACCCAUUUGGCGGGAAACGGCGGGAGUGCGGCCACCGGUGGGUUUAAUCCAUCGGGUUUUGAGGGUUUUGUGGGGAGUUCUCUGUUUGUGGACAGGUGUAAGGUGUUGAAACCGCUCGAGAACUUCCCUUCAGUUGGGUCACAGCCCACGCUGUUCCAGAAGAGAGCGAUUCUCCGGCGAAAUUCGACAGAAAGAGCGGGGAAUUAUGGAGUUUCGGGCCAAGAAGGCAGUGCAAUUCCGGUUAGAGUUGCCGGAGAAGAUAAGGGUAAGAGGCCGGUGGUGGAAGAAGAAAUGGACAAGAUGAGAAAGGACAAGAGCAAUGAUGAGGAUGAUAUGGACGAAGCCAGCAUUGCUCGGUCCGGUUUGAUAUACGAUUCUGAUGAUGCAAUUGAGAACCACAAGGUGGAGGAGACUGCAAAUGAUGGUGGAGACAACUCAAAUUUGAAUGGAUCUUCCAUUGGAGGAGAUCGAAAAGGGAAGAAAAAGGGGCUGCCGGCGAAGAAUUUGAUGGCUGAGAGGCGCCGGAGAAAGAAGCUGAACGAUAGGCUCUACAUGCUGAGGUCUGUUGUUCCAAAGAUCAGCAAGAUGGAUAGAGCUUCAAUCCUGGCGGAUGCUAUUGAGUACUUGAAGGAGUUACUGCAGAGGAUCAACGACCUCCAGAAUGAACUGGAGUCUAUCACACCUCAAUCUUUAUUGCAGCCUACUUCAAGUUUCCAGCCAUUGACACCAACUAUUCCUACCUUGCCCUGCCGUGUUAGGGAGGAAAUCUGCCCGGGCUCAUUGCCAAGUCCUAAUAGUCAGCCAAGGGUUGAAGUGAGGCAAAGAGAAGGGGGAGCUGUCAACAUCCACAUGUUUUGUGCUCGUAGACCCGGCCUUUUGCUCUCUGCCAUGAGAGCUUUGGAUGGCCUUGGGCUAGACGUUCAACAGGCGGUCAUCAGCUGUUUCAAUGGGUUUGCUCUGGAUGUCUUCCAAGCUGAGCAAUCCAAGGAAGGUUUGGAGGUCCUGCCUGAGCAAAUUAAAGCUGUACUUUUGAACAUAGCCGGCUUCCAUGGUGUGAUGUAGCUUUUGCAUGGAUCGGAAGGACUCGGUACAGGCAUCAGUCAAUGGGUAUUCCAACUGUAAAACUUAUCACAUUCUCAUUUCCAUGGGUAAAUGUUGUUCUUAACAGGUUUGUACAUAGCAUUGUGGUAGAGUAGUGGUGAAGUGUUGUGUUGAAGCGGUCUGUAGAUAGAAUUGUAUUACUGAAGUUUUAUUGCCUUUUUCAGGCAUUUGAAUCACAGGAUAUAGUGGGUUAUUUCCUAUUUUA